GCAAACUAUUGCUCUUGAAUGUCGGGAUUAUACUGAUCCAUUCUCCCACAAAUCCAUAAAAGUUAAUUGCGACAUUAUUAAAAACGAAGAUUAUGCUAAGUUUUUAAACUCAACCAAGUUUGUCUCGCCAAGCAAUGCAUUCGUAAUUGAUUUUACUCGCGGUUCCAGCGACGCAAAUUUGUGUAAAAAAGCAAAGAAUGCCUUCAUAUCGGCUGGUCAGAGAAUCGCAUCGGUUAUUCAGUUUAAUACACCUAUAAAUGUAAAAGCAUCAUUUGAUAAACUAUCAACAGAUACUCUUGGACAAGCGACUCCCGCUCGAUCCAUUCCAUUAAAAGACCGAGAUGGAAUAAUCAGACUCUAUCCUCAAGCUCUUGUAAAACAGAUGCAGUUUCCUAAACAUCCUGAAUUUAAUAAAUACGAUAUUCUAGCAGAAUUUACCACCACAGCUAAAUGGUUCUUUAAAGAAGAUGUAAAUAUACAAAAAGACCAAUACGAUUUGGAAUAUAUCAUUACUCAUGAGUUUAUACAUGGACUAGGGUUUAUUACUGGCUGGAGAGACACAGAUCCAAAUAAAAUGAUAACAUAUACUGGUUUCUCCGAAAUGGCCUUUGAUAGAUACAUGAUGUUGAAUCUCACGAAAAAAACGAUGAUGACAACUCUAGCUCAAGAAUUAAAUAUAUUUGCACCAAUAGGAAAGAAGUUUGCAUCAUUAAGUUCAUUUGAAAAAGAAUUCCAUGGUUCACCCCAAGCUCUUAUAUCAAAAAAUCUAUCGGCUGUGGCAAUAAUCCCAUAUACUGUGGACUUUGUGACACAUGAUUCUACUCCGGUUAUUCUCGAAACAUCAUUAAAACUCUACUCUUUUGGUUCAAGUAUUUCUCAUCUGGACACCUUGUACACAAAUACUCCUGAUUUUUUAAUGGUAUACGAUGCUCAAUACGGUAUCCGGUUUGAUGAUCUUGCUAAAAAAUAUGGAGGAGUACUGUAA